GUAAUUUAACUCAAUUAAAAAUGUCCACACGACUAUUUGAAGGGAACGAACAUGCAUACUGCUAUCAAAAAUACAGGUUUCUACCGCCACAAGAAGUACAAGACAUGAUCUGCAGCUAUCUGGGGGAAAAAUUAACAAAUCCAUAUGGGCUUGCUGUUGACGUUGGCUGUGGGUCAGGACAGGGCACAAGAAUUCUGGCUCCUUACUUUGAAAUGGUUUUGGGAACAGACAUUAGUGAAGCACAAAUAGAAGAAGCCAAGAAAGAAGCUGGACUUUCAAACGUAACAUUUCGUGUCACUCCAGCUGAGGACAUACCGGUGGAUAAUGCCUCUGUGGACUUAAUAACUGCGUUUUGUGCUGUGCACUGGUUCAACGUUGAGAAGUUUCUAAAAGAGGUGGAUCGGGCCCUUAAGCCUCAUGGAUGUCUGGCUCUCUUCUCCUAUCUUCUCUGCAUGGAUGUUCAUUACAAAAACCAGUCAGAACAGAUGUCAAAGGUCUACACAGAGGUGCAAGAUUUCCUGCAACAAUAUGAACAUGAAAAAGUUCAGCAUGUCCGAACAAGUUACAAGGAAAUAUUUGAGGUUAUUCCCUAUAAAGACAAAAAAAGGAUAGAUGGCAUCGUUACUAAGAUCACCAUGACAUUGGCAGAAUUUAUGGGCUUUAUUCAGACAUUAUCCAUGUUCCAAACUUUCCAUAGAUGUGAACCUGAAAAAGCGAAGAAUUUCAUAAAGACCACGGAACAAAGAUUCCUUGAAAUUAUGAAAGUCUCGUCUAAUGAAACCAAAAUCGAGGUGUGGUCAAGAAAUGUCUUAUUGCUGGCAUCCAAACCAAAAUGACAAGAAACUUUUUUAGACAUUUGCUGUUUUUUACAGUAUACGUAUAACACAUUAUUGAUAACAUGGAUAAUGACUAAAUAGUGUUCAGUAAUUAAAAUGUAAAAAUCUGUUGCAAAACAACCUUUAUUAACAUGUUUAUUUACAGUUUUUGAUAUACAAAAUUGAAGACAUGAAAUAAAACAUGUAGCUGGAGAGGCCACAUCAUCAAUAGGAAGCUAAGACCACAAAAAUAGCUACAUGAAAUUAUGAAAGAACAAACAUAAUAUAAAAGUAAACAGUAAAAGAAGAAAUGACGUAGACAAACAUUCAGUGGACAUGUUCUUGGACAAAAAUAGUAUAAGUGCAUUUUUCUAUUUAUAUUCCAUCAUGAAUUGUUAAGUAAAAAUGAGCGAUUGGAACUAUGUUUUUCUUUUAUUGAUAUCAUUUGUUUCAUCAUACAAUAUGUAUUACUUAUGAUAGAUUUUAGAAAUAAACACACUAGAACCACACAAAGGUGUGCCAUUAUACAGUCCAGAUUAGAUGACAAUAUUAAUCUCAUCCAGUUAUUGAAGUUACAGCGGAGAAGACAUGAAUAACACUUCAGAAUGCUUUGGCAUUUAAAGUUUUAAUGCACGUCUGCUAUUAUAUAAUUAGCACUAGUCUGACUUCAGUAGCUAUGAGCAUGGGGCAUCGAUGUCCCAUAUGCUACAGAUUUCACUUAAAGCUAGAGAUGAGCGGGUUCAGUUCUCAGAGAACCGAACCCCCCUGGACUUCACGUCACGAGUCCAGAUCCGAGUCAGGCUCGGGUUUUCCCGCCUGACUCGGAAACCAGAACGAGACAAAACGUCAUCAUCCCGCUGUCGGAUUCUCACAGGGUUUGGAUUCCAUAUAAGGAGCCGCGCAUUCCCGCCAUUUUCACUCCAGCAUUGGAGAGUGUAGAGAGAGGACGUGUCUCCGUCCUCAGUGGUAGUGGCUUGUGCUGCAUCUGUCCAGUCACAGUGGUUGUGUCCUUUGCUGCCAUAUGUCCAUUGCUGCUGUAUAAGUCCAGUGCAGUGGUGCUGUGUUGUGCUGCAUCAGUCCAGUGGUGGUGUCUUGUGCUGCAUCAGUCCAGUCACAGUGGUGGUGUCGCUUGCUGCCAUAUGUCCAGUGCUGCUGUAUAAGUCCAGUCCGGUGGUGCUGUGUUGUGCUGCAUCAGUCCAGUGGUGGUGUGUCGUGCUGCAUCUGUCCAGUCACAGUAGUGGUGUCCUCUGCUGCCAAAUGUCCAGUGCUACUGUAUAAGUCCAGUCCAUGGCAGUGGUGCUGUGUUGUUCUGCAACAGUCCAGUGGUGGUGUCCCUAUGCUGCUGUAUACUGUAUGUCCAGUGGUACUGCCAUAUAUGUCCAGUGAUACUGCCGUAUAUGUCCAUUGAUACUGCCGUAUAUGUCCAGCGGUACUGCCGUAUAAAUCCAGUGAUCCUGUUGUAUAAUUCCAGUGAUCCUGCCAUAUAAUUCCAAUGGUACUGGCAUAUAAAUUUAGUGAUCCUGCUGUAUAAUUUCAGUGGUACUGGUGUAUAAAUCCAGUCCAGUGAUACUGCCGUAUAUGUCCAGUGAUACUGCCGUAUAUAUGUCCAUUGAUACUGCCGUAUAUAUGUCCAGUGAUACUGCCGUAUAUAUGUCCAUUGAUACUGCCGUAUAUGUCCAGUGGUACUGCUGUAUAAAUCCAGUGAUCCUGCCGUAUAAUCCCAGUGAUCCUGCCGUAUAAUUCCAGUGGUACUGGCAUAUACUGUAUGUCCAGUGAUACUGCUGUAUAUGUCCAUUGAUACUGCCGUAUAUGUCCAGCGGUUCUGCCGUAUAAAUCCAGUGAUCCUGCUUUAUAAUUCCAGUGAUCCUGCCAUAAAAUUCCAAUGGUACUGGCAUAUAAAUCUAGUGAUCCUGCCGUAUAAUUUCAGUGGUACUGGCGUAUAAAUCCAGUCCAGUGAUCCUGCCGUAUAUGUCCAAUGAUCCUGCUGUAUAUGUCCAGUGAUACUGCCGUAUAUGUCCAGUGAUACUGCCGUAUAUGUCCAGUAAUACUGCCGUAUAUGUCCACUGAUACUGCCGUAUAUGUCCAGCGGUACUGCCAUAUAAAUCCAGUGAUCCUGCCAUAUACUUCCAGUGAUCCUGCUGUAUAAUUCCAGUGGUAGUGCCGUAGAAGUCCAGUCCGGUGAUACUGCCAUAUAUGUCCAGUGAUACUGCCGUAUAUGUCCAUUGAUACUGCCGUAUAUGUCCAGUGAUACUGUCGUAACUGUCCAUUGAUACUGUCGUAUAUGUCAAGCGGUACUGGCGUAUAAAUCCAAGGAUCCUGCCGUAUAAUUCCAUAUAAAUCAAUAUAAUUCCGUAUAAGUCCAGUCCAGUGGUGCUGCCAUAUAAGUUCAGUGGUGGUGUCCUGUGCUGUAUAUUAUUUACUCCAAAUAAUAAUAAUAAUUAAGGGUUACAGAAUAUCUCACCACAUGGAUAUAUACUAUCGAUAGAAGUUGAAUGGUGAGGCUCCCGGAGCGACUUGUUAGGUAGCAAUAUAGUAUCCAGUGAGUAGCUGGUGUACAACACGGCAGAUGAAAGGUGCAGUACCAAGGCAGAUAUUGGAUUACCUCUCCCGUGGGCUGGCUGAAGCAAGUGUCCUCGGGUAAAGUCUGCUGUUAUGCCAACUAUUGUGAUGUGAGGGAGGGAUGAGCCCAUAGCAGGCUUGCCAGAAUGCGCUGGAAAAAACCCAGAGUGCUGCUCUCAAAUGAGGUAGAAGUGCCGCUUCAAUAUUGGGGGGAACACUGGUGAUUUUUUCAACUUCUGAACUCCAGUGCGGUCAUCCAGUGAUUAAGUAGUCCAUAUUUAAUCAGUUUCAUUAUGUUUUUAUUGUGUGAUGUCAAAAUGUCAUAUUAAAUGAUUUAAUUUUA